UUCUACAUCUUCGUCGAUUCCGAUGGCAUUGGCGUCCACGUCCAUCCGAGCACACAGGACCGUUUCGACACCAUCGUGAAAGGCUCCGUGGAGAGCAUGGGAGUCGUGUCCUUGGCCGAUGAACGCGUCCAUCUGAUCACUUUGGAGCGGAAAACGCCACUCGGCACCCGUCAUGCAUCGAAGAAAUUUGACUUCUACAUUGACGGUGUCUACAACGAGAUCCCCGACAUUGCCAAGUACACACUUAACAAUAUUACUGUAAGGGCCGACGAGAGUGGCGAGUCGAACCCGGUGGUCUAUCCAUGUGGCAUACGAGUACGACGAACAUCAGCCUUUUCUCCAUCACCACUCCAAUCGAUUACAUCAGGUGGACGUGCAAUCAAUGUUGCUCCGGCAUCGUCUCCACGGGCCCAUGGAGGACGUGACGGUCACCGAUCCGUUUCUGUGGAGAAAAGUUCCGUCCGCGGCUGCGCGAUCGUCUCCUCCUGGCGAAAUUAUUCCGUUUCCUCAUACGACGGCGACGGCUCCAUCGGCACCGACGACACAGAUCUCAACGCCUACCGCGACAUCCCUAGCCACCGUGUCAAGGUGUACCGAGAAUCGAUGGUGUCUAUACUGGUGCCUGGCGUAGACCAGCCAAGUGAGGCGAUAGUGAAGCGAAUACCGAGCCUGUCUGGACAAAGUGAGCACUCCGCCACUACUUGCUCCAAGUCCUGCCCCAUUGGUGAAUGUGGACGAGCAUUGACGUCAACCUAUGUCUUGUGUUCGCCUUGGAAUCGAGGGAUC